AUUCCCACAUUUUUCCCGCCAGAAACGCUUCCCUACCCUAGCCAGUUCUGUUGCUCACCACUUAUCGUCGUCUUCUCCAGCAUCCGAAUUCAGAAAGUCAAAUUAUAAAUCAGAUCUAGGGUUUACUUGUAUUUCCUGUUUACUCUCAAAGCCAAAGGCCCAGACUCAUCCUCUCAAACUCGUCAUCCAGCCACACCGUUUCCGAUUUGAACCAGCUGCAGAAGGAGUAUAACACAGAACACCCCUGCUAGAUGCAGAAGGAGUGUAACUAAGAACACCCUUGCUAAUCAAAUCCUCCACAACCCAACAGUCUAAUCGUGUCUUAACAGGUUCAUAAUCUAUUCAUGGCUGCUGAAACGCUUGCGGUAACAUGCAACGACACUCUCAACACACCACCUCAUCCUCAAAGAACUUAUCAAGUUGUGGUCGCAGCCACACGUACUAUGGGUAUCGGUAAAGACGGAAAAUUGCCAUGGAAGUUGCCUUCUGACCUCAAGUUUUUCAAAGACGUCACCAUGGCUACAUCCGAUCCAUCGAAGAAGAACGCUAUUAUCAUGGGAAGAAAAACAUGGGAUAGCAUACCUCUAAAACACCGACCACUAACCGGUCGCCUUAACGUUGUUCUAACUCGCUCAGGGAGUUCCGACAUUGCAACUACCGAAAACGUUUUAACGUGCGGGAGCAUGAUUUCCGCUUUGGAAAUCUUGGCAUCGUCUCCGUAUUGUUUAUGUAUCGAGAAGGUGUUUAUUAUAGGUGGUGGUGAGAUCUUAAGGGAGUCCCUCAACAGCGCCGGAUGUGACGCUAUCCAUAUUACCGAAAUCGAAACCGACUUUGAUUGCGACACUUUUAUCCCUGCUAUCGAUGCUUCACAGUUCCAGCCGUGGUACUCGUCAUUUCCGUUAACGGAAAACGAAAUUCGACAUUGUUUCACUACAUAUGUUCGUGUGAGGAAUUCUGCGAUUGAAACGACUAAUAAUAAUAACGGCUUGUUGUCCGAUAGUAAAUCGGACUCGGUGAAGUUUGAUGCAAGGAUGUUCUCUUUCCUGCCGAAAACGAUAUUUGAGAAGCAUGAGGAGUACCUUUACUUGAGGCUGGUGAAAGACAUCAUUUCUAAUGGCGCUUUAAAGGGUGACCGUACUGGGACUGGUACUUUAUCAAAAUUUGGUUGUCAGAUGCGGUUCAAUCUGAGAAAGUCUUUCCCGCUUCUUACAACAAAGAAAGUGUUUUGGCGUGGAGUUGUGGAAGAACUUUUGUGGUUCAUCAGUGGGUCAACAAGUGCCAAGGUUUUACAAGAUAAGGGCAUUCAUAUAUGGGACGGUAACGCAUCCAGAAACUACCUAGACAGUAUUGGGUUGGUGGAUAGAGAAGAAGGUGACUUGGGACCAGUAUACGGGUUUCAAUGGAGACACUUUGGUGCAAGCUAUACCAACAUGCAUGCUGACUACACUGGCCAAGGAUUUGAUCAACUGCUAGACGUUAUCAACAAGAUAAAAAACAAUCCCGACGAUCGUCGAAUAAUUAUUUCAGCGUGGAACCCCUCUGAUCUUAAGCAGAUGGCACUUCCACCUUGUCACAUGUUUGCACAGUUUUAUGUAAAUCAGGGAGAGUUAUCCUGUCAAAUGUAUCAACGAUCUGCCGAUAUGGGUUUGGGUGUUCCUUUUAACAUAGCAUCAUACGCCUUAUUGACAUGCAUGAUCGCGCAUGUUUGCGAUCUUGUUCCGGGUGAUUUUGUUCACGUUCUUGGUGACGCGCAUGUCUAUACCAAUCACGUCCGACCUCUGCAGGACCAGCUUCAGAAGCUGCCUAGACCUUUUCCUAUUUUGAAGAUCAAUCCCGAGAAGAAGGAUAUAGAUGCUUUUGUGGCGAAUGAUUUUAAACUCGUGGGCUAUGAUCCCCACCAGAAAAUAGAAAUGAAAAUGGCAGUAUAGAGCUACCAUCUAUCUUAAGGUAUUCUUAAAGACAAAUAUGAACUGUAGUUCCCUGUUUACAUCAUAAUGUAUAUCUUUAUCUUAUGGUUUUGCAUAGCUGCCUUCCUAUUUAAACUUGUCGGUUUACUAGA